AUGUGUGAGAAGGAAAGGGGGCAACCUAUAUUUCUAUUUAUUGAUCUUGAAUGCCUACAUCAUUUCUAUCAAUACAACACAUUGCUUUGCGGAAUUACGUGUUAUGCGUGUUGCUUGUCUUCAAUAACUAUCAAUUACUUUCAUUUUUGGAGGCCCACGUUGCGUCUUUUGUUAUUGCAUCUUUCGCUCCAAGCGCCCACACAGCUGGGCAAUUUUUCUUUAUUCUUUUCUCAUUUCACAACAAUGACUUUUCAAAUCAUCACAGCAUUUGACUUCUCUUAUGAUGUGUUAUUUUUAUUCAUUUAUAUUCUUUCUGCAAGUGCGGGUCUACAUAACUAGUUUGUGUAGGUUCGCUAUUUUUGUCUUCAGUAAAAAAAUGGUCAGGGUUAAAAAUGGUCAAUAGUAAUAAAUUUAGAUAUAACGUAAGGUGUUCUUUCUUUCAUUGUCUGGAGUACGCGUGCUUGCUAUAGUAUUUCUUUUUCUUACGCGCCUUUUUGUUUGCAUGCUCUUCAC